AUGCGGGACGGGCCACGCGCUGUCGCCCUAGCAACUAUCUUAUCACGCGCUGCUACGCGCGACACCACCAACAAGGCAGCCGGCGAGACCAUCGAUAUCUACAAGGAGAUCGGCCCUGGAAAGCGCGUAGCUCUGUCAAAGCUCGCCGUCGAAAAGUUCGAAGAGACCGGACGCCCGCUGCGCAUUGCUAUCGACACAUCAAUAUGGCUUUUCCAGAUACAAGCUAGCAAAGGCGGCACCAACCCGGCGUUGCGCACCUUCUAUUACCGCCUCCUUCGCCUCAUCUCGCUCGCCAUCCAUCCCGUCUUCGUCUUCGAUGGACCAAACAAGCCGCCCUUCAAGCGCAAUAAACGCACCGGACCAAAUGUCGCAUCCAUACCCGAAUUCCUUGCAAAGCAGCUAUUGAAGCAAUUUGGAUAUCCGAUACAUCUUGCGCCGGGUGAAGCUGAGGCAGAAUGCGCGCUACUUCAGCGAGAGGGAAUAGUGGAUGCGGUCUUGAGUGAAGAUGUCGACACGCUCAUGUUUGGAAGUGGCAUUACGAUACGCAACUGGUCACCGGAGAAGACGGGAAAGACGCCAACACACGUCAACGUAUACGAUGCGGUUGAAACAAAGAACGGGCCGUCAGGACUGGAUCGCGAGGGCAUGAUACUCGUCGCGCUGAUGAGUGGAGGAGAUUACGUCCCUGAGGGUAUACCUGGAUGCGGCCCAAAGACAGCAUGUGAAGCUGCAAAGGCAGGUUUUGGCGCCGAUCUGUGCAAGAUCCCGAAGAACGACACCAGAGCCAUGUCCCAGUGGCGAGAGCGACUGCAGCAUGAGCUGAAGACGAACGAGAGCAAGCACUUCAAGCGCAAGCACGGUGCACUGAAGAUCCCAGACGACUUCCCGCGUUUGGACAUUCUUGGAUACUACACACACCCGGCCAUUUCGAAUCAAGCGGGAUUGGAUAAACUGCGCCGAUCGAUCAAAUGGGACCAAGAGCUGGACUUCUCGGGGUUGCGCGAGUUUACACACGAUGCGUUCGACUGGGUCAAGCUUGAAGGCGCAAAGCACUUCAUCCGCAGUCUGGCGCCUUCGAUGGUUGUGCGCCAGCUACGUAUACGCGCUGGAAAUCUCGAUCGACUGCCUACCAACAAUAUCCAGGCGGUACAAGAGGACGAAGCUCUCCUCAUCAAAGGCCUGCAUGGAAAGCGACAACAUUCGGUCACGGACAACUGCACAGAACUGCGAGUAAGCUUCACGCCGAUUGAGCUUGUCAAGAUCGACCUUAGCAAGGAGGAUCCCGACGAUGAUGUGGAAGUACCACCUAGUUCUCAGCAAGCCGGGGGUGAUGCAGAACUCGAUGAUGAAGAUCUGGAAGAUGAAGGCCCUAAGAAGCGUGGACCUACCAAGUUCGACCCAGAGAAGGCUGCGAGAAUUUGGGUGAUGGAGACUUUCGUCAAGGUUGGUGUGCCGCUGACGGUUCAAGAUUGGGAAGCCGGGCGACAGACGAAGCUGAAGCCUAAGCGAGCAGCAACUGUGCAAGAGCCUGGCAAAGCUGCACCAAAGGCCAAGGCUGCUCCCAGGCGGACGAAGACAGCCGGCGAUCAACCACAGGCUCGCAUCGAAACUUUCGCCAAGGUAACGAAACCGGGCUCAAAGCUCUCGCGAGCUCUCGCAAAGACACAGGACAAGGUUGCUGAGAUCCCUGUACCUGUCCCGCAGUCUGCACCACAACAGGACGAUGUGAUUGAUCUACUCUCCUCCUCGCCAGUAAAGAUUCGGGAUAUUGUACAGCCGCCACCACCUGAACGUGAGAAGUCGGUGUCUCCCCCCAUUGCAGAUCUGCCUCCAAGUGUGAGCAAGCGGAGAAGACGAGCCCCGAUUCAACGCUCCAAAACACUUCCCGCUGAUAUCAAUGCGGUUCCUGAACGACCAUCGACGCCUCCUCUUCUCAACACGAUAGAAACAUUGGACUUGGUAGAUUCGCCUGCUCAUCCCUCACCCUCACAAUUACCCGCGAAGAAGGCCAGGACGCGAAGAAAUAAGGAUGGGCUCGCUACAACAGCGUCUCGAGAUGCUUCUGUAGCCCUGUCCCCCAGCAAGUCAAAGCAGUCAACAUUAGAUGCAUGGCGAGCAUCAGUGACGCCCACCAAGCGACGAGGUGUGACACCAGCUCUCAAUGCAGGGCCACCACCCCAACUUCGCUCCUUAUCAGAAGAAGUCGACUCGCUGGACUUGACACUUUCCUCGCCGUACCAGCGCACUACCAACUGCGAACAUGUCCACCACGCGUCCACCAUUGACAUCAAUAUCGUCGAAUACGUCGCAUACAUCCACAAAUUCGGCAUCAUCAACAGCCUCCACAUCCAACAAGAAGAAGAGUAUAAGAGACGUAUUUGGUCCAUCUCGACCUCGCCGCACUUCACCUCGUCUCAGCAAAACCAUCUUGUUGCAGGAAAACCAAGAUCAGAAUCACCAACGGCUGAUACUCUCGAUCUCACAUCGCCAGAACCCAUCUCAACAAGACCACGAUCUGCAUCACCAAAUGUCGAGACACUCGAUCUUACUGAACUCUCGUCCCCCGUCGUUGAGCGCGCCCCGGCCCCGACAGCACCUGCACCAGCAUCCCCUCCACCGACCUCGACCUCACCUUCGUCCCUCCGCAGAUCCCCACGCGACCACAAGUCUACAUCACCACAGCCGCCCUCUCGCACCUCCCCACCAGCAGCAUGGAAAGCGCGAGAGAAGAAGAAACGCGCAAUCGUUCUGCGGAAGAGCGUAGUCGGCGCAUGGACCUACGUAGAUGUCGAUAGCCCGGAGAAAACAGCAGAUGGUCACGCAGGACUUGUGCUCAAGGGCAAGGAGAGAAGGAAAUGGCGCGAGAGUGCUGUUGAGAUGUUGGAUUUGACAUAA